AUGCCGUCGUCUUCUCGCCUACACCGCCGUCUUCUCGCCGGUUCCAUUGUCAGCUCGUCCCACGGCCUGCUUCUUGAACUUGGAAGUGGACGAGGGAAUAGUAGGGGAGUUGAGCUGCUUGUUACUCUUGUUGGAGGUGGAGCUUGUGGAAUUGAGCUUCUUGAAGCCAUUAUGGCUGUGUUUGCUUUUAAUUGUCCAUUUAUGGUUGCUUUCGUUAGUUGGUGUAUGUAUAAUAAUUUGCGUUCACUUAAAUUUGGUGGUGGAGUAGGCUCAAUUAUUGGUGGUGCAGGAGGAGGAGUAGGAGUCCUUGGUGGAGGGUUUGGUGGCGAAGACAGUGGUAGUGGUCUAGGGGGUGGUUUUAGAGGAGGUAGCGGUGGGGGUGGUGGUUUAGGGGGUGGUUAUGGAAGCGGAGGCAGAAUAGGAAAAGGGUUAGUUGGUGGAGUUGGGGCAUAUAGAGGGAUUUACAAAGGAAUUGGUGGUGGCAUUGGAGGGAUUGAUGGUGGUGCCGAUGCCGUUGGUGGUAUUGGUGAUUUUAUUGGAGCCACCAAGAAAUAA